GGAUUUGGCCUUCCAGCCUCCAGAGCUGUGAAGAAUGCACAUCUAUUCAUUGUGACCCCUCCCCUAGCCUGCGACAUCCUGGGAUAACAGCAGAGUAGAGGCUGCAGGCAUCUCUGCAGCAGAGGACCACUAACUAGGCUGUGUACACAGUGGAAACUUGCUGUUUCCAGUUCUGGAGACUGGAAGGCCAAGGUCAAGGUGACUCUGAGGUUGGCUUCUGGCGAGGUCUCUUUCUGGCUCUGCACAGUUUCCAGCUGCUAUCUUGCUGUGACCUCACAUGGCUUCUCUUUGUGUACAGGCACUUCCAGGCUGUCUGCCUAUGGCAUGAGGGCCUAUGACCUCAUCUAUUAAUGACUUUCUUAAAGAUUUGUUGGGGGGAUCCAUGUGUAGCUUUGGGGAAACACCAUUCAGUUCAUCACAGGCAGAGAGAUCUAUGCACUCCACUUCCUCUGGGAGACUCAUGGAUGGAGCUGCCAUACCCAGAAUGCCCUCAGCUGGCAGUUGCCCGUGUCAAGAUGAAGUCUCCCACCUUUGCCAGCCCUUUUUCUCCCCAUCUCAAUCACUCUCCCAUGGCAGCUGACUGCCUCUCGGGAAGAUGGUCUCCAAGCUUAGCCACGUGCUCUCAUUGGUUUCAUUUAUUGGUAGUGGGGGAGCUGUCGAGCCACGGUUCUGGUUAGGGAGACUAUCUUGACAGGCCAGGUCAGCAAUGGUGUAAGGCCACCCCCAGCUGCAGCUCGACCAUAGGUCCUCACACCCCUCAGCAGGCAGCCCAGGGUCCCCAGGCGACUCAGUAGGAAGCCACAAGAUGGAGUUCUUUAAGGUCUCAGCAUCUGCUUCCUGUAGAUCAGUGUGACCUUCCCAGCUGUUCCUAUCCUGAGGAGGCCUGGACUAGGGUCAGUUUACCCACUCCAUCCCUGCUUUAUCCCCUCUCUUGGACAUUCCCUAUCCCUGCCUUCCUGGGGACUCAGGUUCCCCUCUAUGCCUCGACCAGCCCAGGGACCACUACCCAGGCUUCAUGUAUGGGAAACUGAAGAAAGGGUCCCUCUGUCUGAGGUUUUUUCCAAGUUGGGGCAUCCUCCUGAGCCAGGAGGAACAAAUAGUGACUGGGAGGGGGUGGAUGUGACCUAGAGCCAAAGGGGCUGUUUCCCUGGCCAUUCUUUUCCUCUCUGUAACCUUGCAUUUGAUCGAGGGCACUUCCUGAGUUCCCUUUUGUUGCCAUCAUAGGGUAAGUGUGGGCCUUGGGCAGGGGUGGUGAAUGGCAAGUGCCCUAUACGUUUAUGAACCUUCCCUUCAAAACACAUUUUUUCCUCCGCAGUAGAAAUCUCCUUUCCCGCUGAUUCAUUACGUGUCGGGAAGCCGAGCAUGACAUGUUAAAAGCCGUCUUGAUAGUAUUUGAUAUUCAGUACUAACAGCUCCCCACCCUGAAGGAGGGGGCUCCCCCCGCCAUGGAGGAGGGGGCAAUCUGCAUAUUGGAGAUACCAAGACACUGGGUAAUUUGCAUUAAGCAUCCAGAAAUUCGCUGCUUGCAAUCUGUCACCCUUCGCUGGGUUUUCAUUUUAUAACUUUCACAACAUAAGGAAGAAAGCAAGAGGCAGAGAGGAUGAGUCUGCAGCAGUGGGGGCUGGAGAAAGAAUGGGCAUGUAGGGAGCUGGUCAGAAACUCCCAGAUGCCACCAGCCCCGUGGACGCUUAACAAGCCCAUCCAAUCCAAAGCGUGAUCUAAGACUGACACGUGGCUGGAAGUCGGCAGUGGAGUUUCCCUGAGAACACUCAUUUCUCUAGAAAGCCAAAUUGAAUCCAUGGUAUCAAGUGGACCUGCAGCAACGGGAACAGCAGCUCAGGCUUCUCAGUGGAGCAGCUGGUGCAGCAAAUCCUUGACAGCCACCAGACCAAGCCCCAGCCUCGGACCCACAACUGCCUCUGCACCGGCAGCCUGGGAGCGGGCAGCAGCGUGCAUCAUAAGUGUAACAGUGCCAAACACCGCAUCAUCUCACCGAAGGUGGAGCCACGGGCUGGGGGCUAUGGGGGCCACUCGGAGGUGCAACACAAUGACGUGUCAGAGGGUAAACAUGAACCCAGCCACGGCAGGGGCACAAGCCGGGAAAAGAGGAACGGCAAGGUGGCCAAGCCAUCACUGCUGCACCAGAACAGCACGGAGGUUUCCUCCACCAACCAGGUGGAGGUCCCUGACACCACCCAGAGCUCCCCGGUGUCCAUCAGCAGCGGGCUCAACAGCGACCCAGACAUGGUCGACAGCCCAGUUGUCACAGGUGUGUCCAGCAUGGCAGUGGCCUCUGUGAUGGGGGGACUGUCCCAAAGUGCCACAGUGUUCAUGUCAGAGGUCACUAAUGAGGCCGUGUACACCAUGUCCCCCACCGCUGGCCCCAAUCACCACCUCCUCUCGCCUGAUGCCUCUCAGGGCCUUGUACUGGCUGUAAGUUCUGACGGCCACAAGUUUGCCUUCCCCACCGCGGGCAGCUCAGAUAGCCUGUCCAUGCUGCCCACCAAUGUGUCCGAAGAACUGGUCCUCUCCACCACCCUUGAUGGUGGCCGGAAGAUUCCAGAAACCACCAUGAACUUUGACCCUGACUGUUUCCUCAAUAAUCCAAAGCAGGGCCAGACAUACGGGGGUGGGGGCCUAAAAGCUGAGAUGGUUAGCACCAAUAUCCGGCACUCGCCGCCUUCGGAGAGGGGCUUUGGCUUCACCAGCGUCCUCACCAAGGAGAUCAAGACCGAAGACACCUCCUUUGAGCAGCAGAUGGCCAAAGAGGCAGCGUACUCUUCCUCAGCGGCGGCUGCAGCAUCCAGUUCCCUUACCCUGACUGCGGGAUCCAGCCUCCUGCCAUCGGGCGGUGGCCUGAGUCCCAGCACCACCCUUGAGCAGAUGGACUUUAGUGCCAUAGACUCCAACAAGGACUAUGCGUCCAGCUUCAGCCAGACAGGCCACAGCCCCCAUAUCCACCAGACCCCCUCCCCCAGCUUCUUCCUGCAGGAUGCCAGCAAACCCCUACCCCUUGAGCAGAAUACCCACAGCAGCCUGAGCGACUCUGGGGCCACCUUUGUGAUGCCCACGGUGAAAACGGAGGCCUCAUCCCAAACCAGCUCUUGCAGUGGCCACGUGGAAACUCGGAUAGAGUCUACGUCCUCCCUGCACCUCAUGCAAUUCCAGGCCAACUUCCAGGCCAUGACGGCAGAAGGGGAGGUUACCAUGGAGACCUCUCAGGCAGCUGAAGGGAACGAGGUCCUCCUCAAGUCUGGGGAGCUGCAGGCCUGUGGCUCUGAGCACUACCUGCAACCAGAGACCAAUGGGGUGAUCCGAAGUGCAGGUGGUGUCCCCAUCCUCCCAAGCAAUGUGGUGCAGGGACUCUACCCGGUGGCCCAGCCCAGCCUGGGCAACACGUCUAAUAUGGAGCUCAGCCUGGACCACUUUGACAUCUCCUUCAGCAAUCAGUUCUCAGACCUGAUCAAUGACUUCAUCUCUGUUGAGGGGGGCAGUGGUACAAUCUACGGGCACCAGCUGGUGUCGGGGGACAGCGCUGCACUCUCACAGUCCGAAGAUGGGGCACGUGCACCCUUCACCCAGGCGGAGAUGUGUAUUCCCUGCUGUAGCCCCCAACAGGGCAGCCUGCAGCUGAGCAGUGCCGAGGCCGGGGCCAGCACCAUGGCCUACAUGCAUGUCGCCGAGGUGGUCUCAGCUGCCUCUGCUCAGGGCACCCUGGGUAUGCUGCAGCAGACCGGACGGGUGUUCAUGGUGACUGACUACUCCCCAGAGUGGUCUUACCCAGAGGUAAGCUUAAGAUGCUACCACACGCCGCCCUACCACCCACCUCACCUGCGCCAUGGCGCAGCCUGGGAAGCUUGUUUGCAUGUGGCCAUUCUUUGGAUGGAGCUCUGACCAGAAACACAAAGCUGUUCCCUUCCGCGGUGGCUCUUAGACUUUUCUGUAGCAAGGAGUUUUCCAGUCAGGGCUAUUCCAGGAGGCAAGUCGCCCUUCCCAGCUCUGACCAGAGCAGUCUGCUGUGUUCUAGCCACAACCUUGGCUUUCCUUCCCUUUUCUUUCUUUUCUCUUUUCCUUUCCUCCUGUUUAGUCCCCCGCUCUUUCUUCCUC